AUGAGUAAACGAAUUAAAACAUUCAACGAUAUCAAGGGACGUGAACAUGAUAGUGGAGAAGAAUCAGGGAACGAGGGGCAAAGUUUUUUUGUCGGUGGUAGUGAGCACAGUGGUCAACAAGUGAUGGGACCCAGUAGAAACGAUAUUCGCCAACAACUUUUUGAUGCAGCUCGUCGGGCUGGAGCUGAAGUUUUACCUAGCGGUGAAGCAUCGCCUGAUAAUGCUCGUGCCCGCUCUUUCCCCGGAGGAGGUGCUAAACUCGGAGGAGCUGGAAGUACUGAAACUUCUGAACCCAUCCCUGAUGUUCCAGAAAUGCCAGAAGAUAAUGUUGUCAUAGUUCGUGUCUCUAUGUAUCAUGAUGGCUUCACCAUCGAAGAUGGUCCUUACAGAGCUUUUGCUGAAAACGAAGAGUUUGUCAACGAAAUCAUGACUGGUCGCAUUCCCACAGAAAUACAAUUAGCUCACCCUCGGAAAAAAAUUGAUCUUCGUAUAUCCCCUGUAUCAGGUGAUUAUGUACCACCAAAGCCCAAAGCCUUCCAGGGUACAGGAGCACGUUUGGGGGCCAUUGUUCCCGAUGUUAUUGUAGGCACGGCCCCAACCCUUCCUGUUCAGUCAGAAGAAGAAAAGGCUAAGAGUCUUGCUGACGCUCAGAGCAAUGUAAAGUUGGAGGAUGAUGCUCCGGUCACUCAGGUCCAAAUUAGAUUUGAAAACGGUCAACGUUUAGUGGCCAAGUUCAAUCAUAAUCAUACCGUUCAAGAAAUACGCUCUUUCGUUGUUACAGCUGUUCCGGACUACGCAUUUACUCCUUUUAAUCUCAUGCAAUCUUUUCCUCGUACUUUGAUUGAGGAUGAAACGGUUACUUUAGCUGCUGCUGGUCUUAUCAAUUCUGUUGUAAUUGUGAAGGCAAUCUAA